CGCUGCGUGCGAUGGGCGACGAAGCAGUAGCUGGCCUGGAUACCACGAGAACUCCGCGUGCACGAUUGACCUGUGCUGAAUGUCAUCGCCGGAAAACGAAAUGCGAUAAAAAUGUACCAUGUGGCACUUGCAUCAAAAGAGGUAUCUCUCACCUAUGCUGUCGGAAGGAUGCCGUCCUAGACUCUACGAACAACAGACAGGGAGAAUCAGAAGUUACAAGCAACGUGGUCCAGGUCUUGCUCCAGCGUGUGGCAAAUCUCGAAGCGCAAUUGACUUCAGCUCAAACUCAAGCGCCUCUAGGUGCGAACGUAGAUGUCCACGGGCAUAACUCUAGCUCGACCGCGACGGAGCAGGUCGUUGAGAACACAACCUCCCUCUCUGAUCCAACAGCCUGCGAAACGGCAACUGUUCUGGAGUUUCUGGCAUGGGGACGAAAGAAAGUUGUUGAUUUUGGUCAUGAAACAGACCAUUAUAGUGGACCGGGCCAGUCAGGAAAUGAGACGUCAACAACUGAUUUCUUCACCGAAAGCACCAAAUCUGCACAGCUUGACAUGUUGGAAGCACUUCUACCAAGCAAAGAAAUGAUUUCGAAGCUUGUUGACUAUCAUAAUAGCUCGAUACUCUGGUAUCAUGGGUCAUACUCGUCAACCGUGUUUUCCGAACACCUCGACAGUUUCCUCAUAGACUUCGCCGGAAACAUUCGACACGAACGACUGCAAAUUCAGUGGCUGGCACUAUUGUUCGCCAUCUUGACGGGAAGCUUGACCUGUGCCUCAACGGUUACGCGCCAGGAUUGGGGGUUUUCAGACCUCGAAGCAACUAGUCUGUCUCUUCGAUGGUACGAAGCCACAGUAACUUGCCUCAACAUGUCCGAGUACAUUGAAAAGCAUACGAUUCAUGCCGUACAAGCCAUAGCUACGUUGACGAUUGCAGCUCAUGUCCUAGGAAAGUCAAGCAGUCAAUCUAUCUUGCUCGGCUCGGCAGGUCGAAUUGCGCAAAGUCUUGGGCUGCAUAAAUUGGCGCCCGAAUCGCAACCUCUGGACCCUAACCAGCUCCGCAGGCGCGAAGUUGGCAGGCGUGUAUAUAUUCAGCUCUGCACUCAAGACUGGUUUCAGAUUCCGUUCUCUGAUACCUUCACCCACAACCCGAAAUUUGCGACCACGGCUAAACCAUUGAAUUGCAACGAUGAUGAUAUGGUAGUCCGUGACAGUUCGAUCCCUACACAAGCCAGCUACUGUAACUUUCGAUACGACAUUGCCGCUCUUAUGCCUCAGCUUCUUGAAGCAAUGGCGGGUUGCAACGCCUUGUACACAAAGUACGAGCAAGUGAUGAAAUAUGAUGCGAAGAUGCGAGACCUCGCCACCGCUUCGAUACCAAUAUUCUUGUCUAAGAAUGGUCCCGUCGAUACCGAAUGGCCUAGAUACAUUAGUUGGGCUCGUCGAUCACUGACAAUCUGCGCAUCACACAAAAUCAUGAUGAUACAUCGCAGAUUUCUAGUACUGUCCUUUACCAACUCGGCUUUCGUGUUCACAAGAAGAACAUGCAUCGCCGCAUCCAAGACUAUACUUCGGGAAGUUUUGGCUCCAAUCGAAGCUGAUGCGCCAGUGCUUUGGAUCGAGCAAGCCUUUGCAAUCGCUGCGGGUAUCAUACUCAGCCUCGAUGCUCUGCACAGAAGGCCUGACGAGCCCGAAUUUUCAGAAAAUGGCAAAUUGAUUCGCGAAACCAUUUCCCAUCUUCGACAAUUCAAAGAAAGCAAGAUUGCAACACGCGGGGUCGAGCUUCUUUCGGCACUUGAACACGAGAUCAAUGUUGCAGUUAUGGAGUCGAGAAAAAGACAGUACCCAACCGAUGAUGGUGGCGAAGCUCCAGCACCAAAGCGUCGAGCACUGGACGUCCACAAACUUCUCAAAGACAUAUCGCAUAAUCUUGAAGUAUCCACUGCGGUAGCCACACCUGGAUCAAGCGCAUUGGCAAACGUCAAUGAAACCAUGUGGGACAAUCUGACGAAUUUGUUUCCGAUCCAAACCGGGUUCGAUGCGCAAUACCUUUUCGAUGAUCUGUUUCCUCCACUGCUCUAG